AUGUAAUCUAAUAUAAUCUUAAUUCAUAAUAUUUGACACAAUCAGUUGAAUAGAAGAGUCUACAACAAACUAGAAGGAAUAUAAAUACCAUUUUCUUGAUAAUCAAUUUCUAAGCAAACCCCACAAGGAAAAAAGUGUUACUGUGACUUUUCUUUUCUGAAGAGGACUCAUUUGUAUUCAUUCAUUAGCUUCUAAGCUGGAAUAUUCACAAACAAACCUAACCCCAUCAAGAUUCAAGAAUUCCAUAUUCAGGGAUAAGUUGGUGAACUGCUAAUGGAAGAACAUUUGGUUUUAUGUGUUGACCAUCUCACUGCAUCCGAGUCUUUGCACUCUCCGCCACGGCCCAAGGAUAAAGAAUCCUCUGGAGGCAGAUCUGACUCUCAGACAGUUGGUUCGUCGUCAGGUGCUGAUGCUACAGUGGACGAAGGUCCAACAGCUGGAGAUGAAGAAGAGCCAUUACUUCAGACUGUGGAAUGCCGGAUUUGCCAGGAAGAAGAUAGUUUGAAAAAUUUGGAGAUUCCUUGUGGUUGCAGUGGCAGCUUGAAGUAUGCUCAUAGGAAGUGUGUUCAGCGAUGGUGUGAUGAAAAGGGAGAUAUAACUUGCGAGAUUUGCCAUCAGCUUUAUCAACCUGGCUAUACUGCUCCGCCCCCACCUCCUCAAUCUGAUGAUACAUCCAUUGAUGUCAGAGGUUGGACAAUGGGUGGCGCUCAGGUCGACUUAAAUGAUCCUCGACUUCUUGCAAUGGCUGCUGCGGAACGCCGUCUUCUAGACGCUGACUAUGAUGAAUAUGCAGAUUCAAAUGCUAGUGGAGCUGCAUUUUGUCGUUCUGCCGCUUUAAUUCUAAUGGCCCUUCUGUUAUUAAGGCACGCUCUGACUGUUGGAAAUGGUGAGGAAGAUGAGGAUGAUAUUUCCACCUUUUUCUCUCUUUUCCUGCUCCGUGCUGCCGGUUUUCUUUUACCGUGUUAUAUUAUAGCUUGGGCUAUCAGUAUGUUGCAGCGUCGCAGGCAAAGACAGGAGGCAGCAGCAUUAGCAGCAGCUGAAGUUGCUUUCCUGGUGCAGGCAGGGCAACAUAGGGGUUUGCAUGCCACAAUUGCACCUGGACCUGCGCCGCCAGCAGAGCCUUCGACAACACCAGGACGAGCAACAACAACUCCUCAGGAGGCAAUGCCACCGGAACAGGUGGCAACUCCUCAUCUACAACCAGUAUAAACAGCUUUCUCCAUUUCCUUGUCCAACAGUUUGAUCAGUUAAUUGUACUGAUGAUAACUACACAACGGUGAAAGUUCUUUUCUCAUUUCAUUUUAAUAUGUACCCGCUGUAUCUUUGCCUCGAGUGACAAAAGCUCCAAAUUUCCUAUUUCGUUAUGUUUGUACAUAUCAAAACAUUGCAGCCACAAGGUGGCGUGGAAGUCUUAGCCUUCAGGGGUCAGUUACAACUUUAUCAGGUCGUUGCUUCAAUUGUGUAGAUACCAUAUCUUCACUUCAGAUUAGUCGGUCACUGUCCUAAACAUCGUCUAUGAUUCUCAAGUGACUUAGCUUGGCCAUGUAUUUUGCUUCCAUUUUUCGUAAUGUUUGCACUCUUCUGUCGCUGUGAUUUUAGCAGGAAACAA